AUGCUUCAAGAUCGUGCAGCGAUCCCUGGGCUGUCCAUCCUCAACAGGCAUCCCAAAUCAAUAGAUGGACCUAAUCUCCUGCAUGAACUGGUCAGGCCUUCAUCAGGGGGCACGGAUACUGCCAUCGAUUUCCUGGAAGAUGGAUUAAAGAGGCGGAGGCUCACCUAUGAGGCACUGCAUGCUUCGAGCGACGUCCUCGCGGACACGAUCGCUCAAGCCGUGGCAAGGCUGAAAGAUGCCUCUGCCGUGGUACCGGUGCUACUACCACAAUCUCCGGAACUCUACGUCUCCUUACUGGCCAUCCUGAAGGCAGGCAGAGCAUUCUGCCCCAUAGGCUUGGAUACUCCCGAGGAUCGACUGGACUUCAUCCUCAAAGAUGUAUCGGCAGACCUCAUCAUUACCAAUGCCGCACACAAAGCGAAAAUACCAGCAACAGCAGGCGUCCAAGUUAUUCUCGCCGACCAGGAGCUACCGGAAGGCACCAGUUCCCCGCGCGAAAAGGGGCACCGUAUACGCUCCUCCGAUUUAGCCUACGUCCUAUACACCUCGGGCUCGACUGGGCUACCAAAGGCUGUAGGUGUGUCUCACCGCGCCGUCACCCAAAGCCUGUUGGCUCACGACCGACAUAUACCACGCUUCGCUCGCUUUCUGCAAUUCGCAGCUCCGACGUUCGAUGUCUCUAUCUUCGAAAUCUUCUUUCCUCUCUACAGAGGAUGUACUUUAGUUGGGUGCACACGUGCUGAGAUGCUGGACGAUUUACCCGGUGUCAUCAAUACGAUGAGUGUCGAUGGCGCUGAACUCACGCCCACGGUGGUCAGCAACUUGCUAAGGGGACGCGAGAGUGUACCUCGAUUGAACCUUUUACUCACCAUAGGCGAGAUGCUUACUCGGCGCGUCAUAGACGAGUUCGGCGGGAACUCAUCCAGGGAGAGUGUCCUCUGGGGCAUGUAUGGGCCUACCGAAGCUGCGAUUCAUUGCACUCUGCAGCCCGCCUUCUCUAGUGAAGCUCCUGUGGGAAAUAUCGGAUUCCCUUUGGACACCGUCUCAGUUCUGAUUGUUGCUCCUACACUAGAAGGGAGCUCCUCGACAGCAAUCAAAGUGUUACCCACCGGCGAAGACGGUGAACUUGUGCUUGGGGGCCUUCAAAUUGCAGAAGGAUAUCUGAAUCGCUCGGAGCUAACAGCAUCAUCGUUCAUCGAGCAUUCGGGAUAUGGUCGUCUCUAUCGGACUGGCGACAAAGCUCGGCUGCGCUCGGACGGGACUUUGGAAUGCUUGGGGCGUAUCGUGUCCGGUCAAGUCAAAAUCAGAGGUCAACGAGUUGAGCUUGGAGAGAUUGAGUCAAUUCUCGCGAAGCUGGACUCUUGUCAGGCCGUUGCUGUCAUGGUAAUUGACAACACCCUGGUGGCAUUUUGUGCCGUCGGCUCUCACGACGUCUCGAGCCUAACGGUGACAGAGAUCUGCAAGCGGUGGCUACCCACCUACAUGGUACCGGCCGAAGUCGUAUUCCUUCAGCAAAUGCCACAGCUUGCAUCUGGAAAGAUUGAUAAGAAAGCCUUAGAAGCGCUGCAUCUGCAUCAGCGACGCCAAAACAAGAUUGCGGGGCCUCGACCAAGCGACAACGCUGAUGUUUCCAUCCUGAACGCCGUCCACGAUAGUCUGGGCGGAGACUUAUCGCUAGAUACGAACCUUGGUUCCAUGGGACUAGACUCAUUGCGGUCUAUCCACCUCGCUUCCUCGCUGCGUGAACAAGGCUACGUUGUUGGGGCCGUGGACGUCCUUUCUGCCUUGAACGUUAGGGAGCUCAUCGCCCUAUGCAAGAGCAAAGAGAAGCGGGAUUUUUACAGGCCGAAUGCAAGUCUGAAACUCCCUCAGCAUUUCCACAAGGACAUCCCCGUGUUUCUAGACGACAAAGUCGAAAUUUCCGACAUACUACCUUGUACUCCAUUGCAGGAGGCAAUGCUUGCGGAGACUACGGCUAGACCUAGUGCGUACUGCAACUGGGUUGAGGUUGAACUUCUGCAGCCGCACACACUCCAGCAGAUUCGAGAGUUCUCGGACACUCUCGCUCAGAAGAAUGAGACGCUGCGAUCUGGCUUCUUCACCGUUACAGGGGCGUCCGAGUCCUUUGCUCAGGUCGUAUGGAGAAGUCUCAGUCGCUCUGCAAUUCAGGAGGUCACUAGCUUUUCGAAAGCAUAUUCUCUCGGCUCCGUUGAGUCCCUAUUGCGGCCGUUAACUAUUCAGGCGCUGACGAGAGGAAAAACAACACGACUUCUUUUCCAAAUCCAUCACGCUUUGUACGAUGGUUGGUCCUUCGACCUACUUCUACGCGAUCUCGCCGACCUAAUCAACGGACGUGCACUCAUACCUCGACCUCAUUUCCGUAAGGUAGUAGAGUACUACCGUCGAACAAAGUGUGCACCAGAAUCUGCAACAAGCAAAGCGUAUUGGGCCGAUCUGCUCCGCGACUACCAUCCAACUCCACUACCAAACUUCAACGGCAGGACGGUAAGAACUGAUGGUCUUUGCUCAAUCCGGGGCAAAUCCAUAGUCGACGCCCGAUCUCUGUUUGCAUGCGCCAAGAUACAUACGGUCAAUCCUCAGGUCUUUUUCCAGGCUGCCGUAGCUUACAUUUGUGGCUUGUAUCUUGGCUCCCCCGAUGUGGUGAUUGGAACCGUCACGUCGGGCAGAACCAUUCCAGUCACCCAUGUGGAACGCAUCAUUGGACCUUGUAUAGUGUCUCUUCCAUUUCGUCUAGAUUUUUCAGAAUGCUCCAUCAUUAGAGACAUUCUGUACAAAACCCAAAAGGCAAACCGAGAUAUGCUACAGCACUGCAGUGUACCCUUGCGAGACAUCACAAAAGUCUGUAAUCUGCGUCCCAGAGAACGGCUUUUCGAUGUACUCUUUGUCUGGCAGCAAACCCUUGUCUCUGCCGAUGAAUGGUCCUCUGCGGUGAGGAUUGUGGACAGCGCGGAUGACCUCGAGUCCAAGGUAACACUUGAAUUCGAACCCGACCACGAUGCAGUCAACUACCGGAUAACUUACGAUCCUUCUACCAUCCCAGAAAGCCAGAUCAGGCAUCUCGCUCAUCAAGUCGAUCAGGUCGCUCGGCAUUUUCUCCGUAAUGUUGCUGGCAACGUGGUCGAUAUUGAAAGGUGCUUCAGCACGCCAUCGCUCUCGAUCGCGAAUCCGACUCCAAAACAAGAGGGUGCCCGGCAUGGCCCCUCUUAUACUGUCGAGAAGUGGGCGUUGAACACCCCAGAAAGGGAGGCGUUGAUCUUCGGUGCGCUAGUCGACGGAACCAUGCGCCCUCAACGGAAGCUUACAUACGGCUCAUUGAAUGCCCGCGCAAACCAGCUGGCCCGCGCCCUAGUCGAACAUGGGGUAGGCCAGAACCAGCUCGUUUGUGUUCUCAUGGACAAAUCAAUCGACCUCUAUGUCUCGAUACUCGCUGUUCUGAAAGUCGGCUCUGGCUAUUUGCCUAUUGCUCCGGAUACGCCGCCUGACAGAGUGAAAAGGAUACUAGUCGAUGCAGAGGUGGCAGUCUGCAUUAGCCAGUCUCUAACAUCUACAUCAAUCCGGCAAGGGCUGUGGACCGUCCUCGAGCUUGACAGGCUGGAUUUGUCACAACACUCGGAUCAGAACCUGAGUAUUCCAUACGAUGAGUCGUAUCUCGCUUAUGCCGUCUUCACCUCCGGCAGCACAGGAAAACCGAAGGGUGUUCUAGUCACACAGGGAAACCUUAUGAGCAACCUCGAAUACCUUUCUUCGGUGUAUCCGGUUGCGGGCGACGCGCGAAUGCUGCAAGCUUGUUCUCAGGCUUUCGAUGUCUCGGUGUUUGAGAUGUUUUUCUCCUGGUAUGUCGGUAUGUGCUUAUGCACAGCAACGAAAGACGACCUUUUCUACAACUUCGAGGCUGCCAUCGACUGCUUGGAUAUUACGCAUCUGUCCUUAACGCCAACCGUCGCUGGCUUAGUUAAUCCGAGCCGGGUGCCAAAGGUCAAGUUCCUGGUUACCGCUGGAGAGGCGCUUACUGAAAACGUGCGACGGAAAUGGGUGGGGAAAGGGUUAUUCCAAGGGUACGGGCCCUCGGAAACCACGAAUAUUUGCACGAUGCGUCCUUAUGUGACAGCAGAGGAUCUAAUCAACAAUAUUGGACCGCCAUUCAGUAAUACCUCGGCCUUUGUGCUGAACCCUGGAAAGGACUCUAUGGUACCUCGCGGUGCCAUUGGCGAGCUUUGUUUCGGAGGGUCGCAGGUGUUCCGUGGCUACCUCAAGAGACCUGAGCUAAAUGCCGAGAAAUUCAUCAACCAUCCCACAUACGGGCGCAUUUACCGAUCCGGCGAUAUGGGCGUUUUGCUUCCAGAUGACUCGAUCCUCUUCACCGGCCGACUUGAUGAUCAGGUCAAAGUUCGUGGUCAGCGGGUCGAACUUGGAGAGAUUACGUCUAUUGUGCUCGACAAUACCGCAGUCCAGGACGCAGCUACCGUGCUGAUUCAGUAUGACCAUAGCGCUCAGAGACUUGUCACCUUCUGGGUUCCGAAAAAGAUUGCUUCGACAGAAUUCAAGCCGGUGCCAUCACAGGAAGUCCGGUCGAUAAUCCUUGAGCUUUUUGAGUCGCUCUCACUACAACUUCCGUCGUACACGGUUCCAACGCACCUCAUACCUAUCACGCGGAUUCCCAUGACUACUCAGGCAAAGACUGACAAGCAUCUUCUUCGCACCACAUUUGACGCAUUCUCCAGAGAAUACUUAGAUUCUGCGGCAUCCAGCUACGACACAGAGAGCGGUUCCAAAGCCUCCCCUGGAUUGGAGCAGAAGCUAGCGGAAAUCUUGGCACAAACACUGGACAUACCAGUGCAAGGCAUCGGACGAGCUUCGUCUUUCUUCAACCUAGGCCUCGAUUCGGUUUCCGCAAUACGCCUUGCAAAAGCGCUCCGAGAUGCCGGUCAAGGACAUGUACCUGUGUCUGCCAUUCUUAAGCACCCUACUGUGGAGCGAUUGUCUUCGGUCGUUGCAAGAGAAUCACAACCUAACAAUCCGCUAAGAGAUGGCGAAUUGGCUCGUACCAACGACUUCCGAUCAGAUCAGAUAGCUCAGAUCCGUUCAGAAUUCAAGAGACGAGGCAUGCGGCGGGUACUGAGAAUCUUGCCCUGCACCCCGCUACAAGAAGCAAUGCUGUCGAGCCCCUCAUCCUCGGUAUCAUCCUACUGCAACACCAUGGUAUUCCAAAUCAACGGUGAUGUGUCUCGUCUGAAGGGUUGCUGGGCGUUGAUGGUCGAACGGCAUGAUAUAUUGCGAACUGCUUUCGUGCCGACUAAUGAUCCGCGGUACGCCUUUGCCCAGGUCGUUCUCAGUCAUGAAGCAGUGCAGUGGGAUCAGUUAGAAGUGACGGAGAGUCCAACCACAUAUUCAAAAGAAGCACUCGCUGGUCUGAUUAAGUCACAUGAGCCUCCUAUUCGGUUGGCGAUCCAAGAGACGGGGACUGUGGCGAAGCUGAUCUUCUGUUGCCAUCACGCUCUCUACGAUGGGAUCGCAAUCUCGACCCUACUCAAUGAAAUACAACAGAUCUAUGCUGGAAGCAAAUUGCCACCUGUAGUACCGUAUGGCCGCUUUCUACAACACUUGCUAUCUCAGGAUUUCCAGGCUGCCGAUCGAUUCUGGUCCACUUCCCUGGCUAACUUCGAACCCACCUUGUUCCCGAAUCUCUCGGGUCAAACUCGCAGGUCCACCGGAAGGUCCUUUGCCACCGAAAGGGCAUUAGAAUCGACUCUCGGCGAAGCUCAAACCUUCUGCCAAGCGACGUCUAUUUCACUCCUGUCAUUGAUCCAUGCUUCCUGGGCGAAACUUUUGUCCUUAUGCCUGGGAGAAGACGACAUAUGCUUUGGUAAUGUGGUUAGCGGGCGCAUUGUGUCUGAAGAAGACUUAGACCGCCUCGUCGCACCAUGCUUCAAUACUCUUCCGGUCCGCCUCGACUUCGACUUCGCAGCGACGAAUUUCAGCCUCUGCAAGCGACUUCACUCUCACAACAUUGAUUCGUUACCCUUUCAGUUGACGCCUCUUCGGCGGAUCCAAGCUAAGGCACUCAAAGAUAAGGGGCGACUGUUCGAUACACUGGUCAUCCUUCAGCAGCCAAGCAUGCCCCUCGAUCCUUCGAUCUGGCGCCUGGAGGAGGACACCGGCGAGAUGGACUUUCCCGUCGUCUGCGAGAUAUUUCCAGGCGAAGGGAAGAACGACAUAAGACUUGUCCUCCACUACCAAGACUCUAUCCUCUUGAAAAGCGACGCGGAUUCACUAGCAAUUGUCUUCGACAACAUCUUACGGUCUAUCAUAUCCUUCCCUAAUGCGCGUGCCAGAGACACUGUUAGCUUCCCUAGUGGGCUGCUCGCGCAUUCCAACUUGUGCUUCAGCCAGCUCGCUUCAUGUGCACCUGGGUUGUUACACUCUGGAUUCGAACGUAACGCAGUUUUGCGGCCACACGGUCUUGCCCUUGACUUCCUCCACGCAGAUCGUGAGAGGACUGCAUUGACCUUCAAAGCCUUGAACGAGAGGGCAAACCAAAUAGCUCAUGCUCUCAUCCAGCAUGGUGUCAAACCUGAAGAUAUUGUCCCGAUCCACAUCGGAAAAAGCCCGGAGUUCUAUGCAAGCGUUCUCGGCGUCCUCAAGGCCGGCGCAGCCUUCUCGCCCAUGCACCCAGAUCUACCAGAGGCAAGAAAGCGAUUCAUGCUCUCGGAGCUUCGUCCGAGAGCCAUGCUUUGUAUGGAGGAUGCCUUGCACUGGUCUAAGGACAUGUUUGUGCUCAAUGUUGGCAAUCUACCGCCUCACUCCAAGGACAACCCUGCUACUGAGACCCUACGACCAACAAACCUGGCUUAUUGCCUUUAUACGUCUGGCUCAACUGGCGUACCCAAAGCAGUCGGCAUGGAGCACCGCUCCCCCAUUCAGACAAUCGAAAGUUCAAGGUCACUGAUCCCAUGGUCUCCUAAUUCAAGGCUUCUGCAGUAUGCCGCUAUCAGUUUCGACAUGUGCUACUACGACUGCUUCCUGGCUUGGAGCUUCGGCUUUGCACUAUGCGCCGCGGAGCAGGAAAUAAUGCUGAACAAUCUCACCGACGCCAUCAAUGUUCUCGACGCUGACCUUUUGGAUCUUACGCCGUCGGUAGCCGCUUCCCUCUCCAAAGCCGACGUCCCAGGUGUCAAAUGGUUGUACUGCAUCGGUGAAGCGAUGUCACCAGAAGUGGUCCAAGAAUGGAAUGGUGCGUGCGUGAACUCAUACGGACCGACCGAGGCUGCGUUUUGCACCACCAUCUUUCCUGUAAGGAAGGCUGUCAAGACUUCUGUCAUUGGAAAACCGUUCCCUACAACAUCUUUCGCGGUCUUCCCACCUCAAGGCGAUCGACCUGUUCCCGUUCUUUGUGUCGGGGAGCUGUACAUAGGUGGUGCACAGCUCGCUAGGGGUUACUUUGGAAAGGACGCGCUCACGGACGAGAGGUUCGUGCAAAAAUGUGGGCAGAGGUUCUAUAGAAGUGGUGACAUGGUCCGUAUGUUGAGUGACGGCAAUUUCGAAUUUCUCGGCCGAGCAGACGACCAAGUAAAGAUUAGAGGGCUACGGGUCGAGUUGGGGGAGAUAAGCCAUGUGUUGCAGGCUUGCGAUGACCGCGUUUCCGCUACGACCACGCAAAUCCUGAGGACCGAGGGCAGCGCCAAAGACCAGCUUGUUUCUUUCCUGGCAACUCGAGGUCCAAUUGAUGAAGAUGCGCGGUCUGAGCUGAGGGCCAAGGCAAAAGAAGCGGCAGUGAGCCAGCUGCCAUCGUACAUGGUGCCUCAUUUCUACGUCUUCAUCGACAAGAUCCCAAAAUCACUGGCCGGCAAAGUCGAUAAGAAGGGUCUUGCAAAGAUGUUCGCGGAAUCGGAAGACAGCAGGAUCGUGACAGACGAGGCCGCGCAAGAGGGUCUGAAGCACGUUUGGACCGAGAUUGAAAGCACAGUCCGACAUAUCUUUUCGACGCUUUCGCAAGUUCCAGCCGAGGCCAUAUUACCGACUACUUCCAUCUACCAGCUCGGCCUUGACAGCAUCAGCGCGGUACAGAUAGCGGGCGCUUUGCGUAGGCAAGAUCUUCAUGUCACUGCGUCAGAUGUUAUGAAGCACAUGAAUUGCAAAGAUCUCGCAGCAUACCUCGAAGAGCCUAGCACACUACGGCCGUCACGUGCUGCCGCUUUCGACUUUGAAUCAUUUGAGGGAAAACAUAGGGCGGCUGUGAUGAGUACCUGCAACCUCAAAUACCAAGACGUUGAAGGGCUCCGACCUUGUACGCCUCUCCAGAACGGCAUGCUCUCGCAGUUCGUUGCAAGGGAUGGUGCUAUGUACUUCAAUUACCUCAGGUUGAGGCUGCAGCCUGGGAUCGACAUAGCACGACUAAGGGACGCGUGGUCCAAGGUUGUCCGGAAGCACCGUAUAUUACGCACUGGUUUCGCCCAUGUCAAAGACAGCAACAACCCUUUCGUCAUGAUCCAUUACGCUCCGGAAGCCGUUAGAUUUUCAUGGGAUGCGGAUGCACAGCCAAGUCUUACUGUCAAAGAGUGGCUCGAGACAUCGCAGCAAAAGGCAGCAAAGCAACUACAACGGCCACCUUGGUGUAUUAGGAUUGUGGAGCAAGGUGACGCGGCAUACCUGGACUUGGCUUUGCUACACGCUCUAUUUGAUGCGCAGAGCUUACGCCUUAUCUUCAACGAUAUCACAGCUGCCUAUGAGGACAAUUUCCUCGGGACCGCAGCACCGUUGGAUUCGGUUAUUGCUACCAUUAUACGCUUCAGCACCGAAGAGGAUGCCCAACGGAACGAAUUCUGGAGGCGACUGGGAGAAGGUGUUACGAUGACCAGGCUCCCCAAUCUGUCACCGCUGCGAUAUGACCCAGAACCGGCCGUUGUCAUUACUAAAGUGGCCUCGAAGGCUCUUGCAGAUCUCGGCGCGGGAUGCCGAAAAGCGAACAUCAGUCUGCAGGCGGCCGGUAUGGCCAGCUGGGCGGUGUUGCUCUCUGCCUACACGGGCGAGCCUUCGGCCACAUUCGGAGUUGUGUUAUCUGGGCGAAACUUCGAUGCCGCAAAAUCUGCGGUUUUCCCCUGCAUCACCACCGUGCCUUUCAUAUGCAGGAUCUCAGACGGCAAGGAUGAGAUUAUAAGGCAAGUUCUGAAGCUGAACGCCGAAAUCCAGCAGCAUCAGUUCACGCCACUCAAGGAGAUACAGCGACUGAUAGGCCAGCCGAACGAGCCACUGUUUGAUACCAUAUUCGCGUUUCAGAAGCUGGUUGGUGGUGGCAGCGAGAACGACAUGUGGACCGUAGUUGAUGAGAAAGCAACCAUCGAGUACCCGAUGUCGAUUGAACUGGAGCCGAAGAAUAGGAGGCUUGAGUAUCGACUCACCUUCUUGCCACAUAUUGUGCCACAGGAGCAAGCGAAAAUGAUGCUUGAUCAGCUCGAUCAUCUGCUUCAGUACAUCAUCUUCUCGGAUGCCUCUUUUGCCGCCGAUGUUUCCAAUAGCCAGUCUCUCUAUUCUGUUACACCAGCGAAGGAACCUAUACUACCCUGCCAAACCGGAUUGCUACACGAGCUAGUCGAGUUUACUGCACGCAAGCAUCCUGAUCGCGUAGCCCUCGAGUUUGCUACAGCGUUGCGCAAUGACAAUUCCACUAUCAGCACGUGGACCUACGCUGAACUAGUCGAAGAAGGGAACAAAAUCGCCCAUCUCCUCAUUUCUCACAGAGUCCAGCCCGGAGAAUUAGUUGGAGUGUGCUUUGACAAGUGCCCCGAGGCCUCCUUUGCUAUGUUAGGGAUAUUGAAGACCGGAUGUGCAUUUGUAGCACUCGAUCCUGGGGCGCCAAGCGCACGUAAAGAGUUCAUCAUUCAAGAUGCCAGCGCUAAAAUUGUUCUGUCCAUGAAGGCACAGUCGACCGACAUCCAAAGAGACAUCGUACGAGUCGUCAAUCUAGACGAAACGAACUGGCGAUCCGCACCUGCAUCAGAACCUUCUUUGGAACGCGACAUCAAUACUCAGGAUCGCAGCUAUUGCCUUUACACAUCUGGCACCACCGGCACGCCGAAAGGCUGUGAGCUCACCCAUGAAAACGCAGUCCAGGCGCUUCUCUCGUUCCAACGCCUGUUCGCCGGACGCUGGGAUGAGAACUCUCGCUGGCUCCAGUUCGCUUCCUUCCAUUUCGAUGUCUCAGUGCUCGAGCAGUAUUGGAGCUGGUCAGUCGGGAUCUGCGUCGUCUCCGCGCCACGAGAUCUUAUUUUUGAAGACCUUGCGACGUCAAUUAGAAGGCUAGGCAUCACUCAUAUCGAUCUAACUCCGAGUCUGGCUCGCAUCUUGCAUCCCAAUGAUGCGCCCAAUCUCUGCAAGGGUGUGUUCAUUACCGGUGGUGAGAGCCUGAAGCAAGAGAUUCUGGACGUUUGGGGCCCGAAAGGUGUCAUCUACAAUGGCUAUGGCCCGACAGAAGCGACUAUCGGGGUGACGAUGUAUCCUCGCGUUCCAGCGAACGGCAAGCCAUCUAAUAUUGGUUCCCAGUUCGACAACGUAGGGUCGUACGUUCUGCAGCCGGGCUCGGAUGUUCCAGUUUUAAGGGGAGGAGUAGGCGAGCUUUGUGUGUCUGGGAAGCUCGUCGGAAAGGGCUAUCUGAACUGCCCUGACUUGACUUCGCAGCGCUUUCCUCAUCUCGGCCGCUUUGAUGAGAGAGUAUAUCGAACUGGGGAUCUCGUGAGGAUCUUGCACGACGGUACCUUCGAGUUCCUGGGACGAGUCGAUGACCAAGUCAAACUGCGUGGGCAGCGGCUCGAGAUCGGAGAAAUAAACUCUGUCAUCAAACAAUCUGGACCCUUAGCAGACGUCGCCACACUGAUCCUGAAACACCCGAAGCAACAGAAGGAACAACUGGUUUCUUUCAUCGCGACCGAAUCCGGAAAAAAACAAUCCGAGAUUGUGCUAUCGCGGACGAGCGACAUACAGAGAGCAAAGAAUGCCUGUCUUGAGAAACUACCUCCUUACAUGAUACCAUCUCACUUCGUCCCUCUCACUGCGAUGCCACUGUCUGCCAACAAUAAGGCUGAUGGGAAAAGGCUCCGGGAGAUGUACGCUACUCUGUCCGCUAAUGAUCUGCAACGACUCUCUGCAUCCGGAGCGAAGUGUGAGAAGUGGUCAAAGCAGGAAGAGAAAAUCAGGGAUGUUCUCCAGGAGGCUUUGGAGAUCGAAGUCGGCGUCAGCAAAGAUACCAGCUUCUUCGAGUUGGGCAUGGACUCUAUCUCGGUCAUUGGCGUAUCGAGGGCGCUAAAGCAGGCCGGCUUUACGAAAGCUUCAGCCUCCGUGAUCAUGAAUAACGCUACAAUCCGCCGAUUGGGCAAGGCCCUUUCCAGCAAAACCUCUGGUGUGAACGAUCGCGCAUCGAUCGUAGUCGCGCAACAAGCGAUUACCGCAGCUCAGCAUCGCCACAGAAGAGCGGUCGCGGAAACGCUCUUCAUCGACACGCGACAGAUCGAAGCUCUUGCUCCUUGUACCCCACUUCAGCAGGGAAUGAUCGCGAGAUCUCUCGAGAGCGACCGCGGUCUAUACUUCAACACUUUCCGCUUUAAGCUGAGCAAAGACGUGGAUCGGGACCGAUUGCAAGACGCAUGGGAACGUGUGUUUAGGUCAAUUCAGAUAUUGCGAACCGUUUUUGUCAAUACCGACGACGGUUUCAUGCAGAUCGCACUUCGUAUAACGCGUCUCCACUUUGAGAACGUCGACCUCGAGCAGGACGACACGCUAGACCAUUAUCUGGUAAAGCGGAGGAAAGACUGGGUGCAGUCUAAUCAGACGAAUGUCCAGAGGCCUCUGGAGCUCAUGCUGUUGGAGACCCCGAACCGCAAGAUUAUGGUUGUUCACCUCUUCCACGCGCUCUACGACGGCAACAGCGUUGGUCUGAUAUUCAAGUAUGUUUGGAAUUCGUACCACGACCGCGGCAUUGAUGCUGGUAUACCCUUUCAGUCUGCUUUGUCGUUCGGCCCGCUUCGGCUGGUUGACGGCGCUAAAGAGUUUUGGCUGAAGCAUCUUGCGGGAAAUGCUUUCAGGCCAUUUCCACCGCUCAACGAUCGGUCAAAUGAUGCUUCGCCACCUCCGACCAUCGCUCGUGAGGUCGGCGACCUGCAAGCUUUUGAAGCCGUCAGACGUAAACUCAAUGUCACCGCGCAAGCGAUCACACAAGCAUGCUGGAUGAGCGUUCUGCAUAGACGACUAAAGAGCGCUAUCACAUUGGGCGUGGUAGUCUCGGGGCGCAGCAUCGACUUCGAAGGCGCACAUCGGGUUAUUGGGCCUCUUUUCAAUACGAUACCCUACCAUUGCCGCCCACAGCAGCGCGAUACAUGGGCUUCCCUAAUUAAAAGGACCCACGACUUUAAUGUCGCCGCCCAUCCUUAUCAACAUACCCCACUCAGAGACAUCAUGAAGUGGUGCAACCGAGGCCGAAGUCAACCGCUGUUCGAUGCUCUGUUUGUUUAUCAGGCUACUGAUGUCGAGGAAGAGUGGUUGAAGAACGAUAUCUGGGAGCUAUUGGACGGAGUUGCUGACGCGGACUAUCCGCUAGCCAUCGAGGUCGAGCAGAGGCGUGCGACGUUGAAGCUGACAUUAGUCGCCCAGGGGCAUGUUUCAGACGAAGAGUCCUCGAACCAGUUGUUGAAUUGUUAUGAGCAAGCCCUACGAGAGGCAUUGAAUGACCCUGACGCAGUCCUUGAGACACAACUCGCGAAUGGAGACGAACCCCCCGAAAUCCCAACAUACCGGGACGACGCCCCUACUUUGAGCUCUCUCGAUGGUACCAAAGACUUCGAGUGGACUGGCCAUGCCGACAUCAUAAGGCGCGAGAUUGCCAGCCUUGCAGAUGCCGAUGUCGCCAAUGUCAAUGAAGAUACGUCCAUCUUUGAACUUGGCCUAGACAGCAUCGACGCCAUCAAGCUAUCGUCAAUGCUGAAGAAAAGAGGCGUUAACCUUCCCGUCAGCGGAAUUGUCCGCGGUUUCGGCAUCUCCAACAUGAUGCAGCACAUUGUAAACGACAAGCCUAAGUGGUUCCAAGGGCACUCGGAUAUGAUCUUCAAAUCACACAAGAGAAGACUAGAAAGUUUCCUUCAGCGCCAGGGACUUACUGAAGGUGUUGAGAGAAUUCUGCCGUUGACACCACUCCAAGAAGCGAUGGUCGCAGAGAUGAGAGCAUCGGCAUAUACCAGAUACUACAACCAUGACGUCUUAAAGUUGGCCCUGGGCACCGACUUUGAGAAGCUGCGGAAGGCGUGGACUACGGUUGUUGCGAAGUCGCCGAUCCUGAGGACGUCCUUCAUUGAGGUCGACGAUCCUGGAUUCGAUUUCUCAUUUGCUCAGGUUAUCCACCAGUCGCCACAAGCCUUCUGGAAGUCAAUCGAACUUAAUGUAGAGCCUGACUUCCCUACUAUAUUCGAAAGUAUCCGCGAGGAAGCGACAAAGCAAUCUAUUGCUGCGCCGUUGUUCCACGUUCGUCUCAUCGGAUCACCGAGCCAGGCGUAUAUCGUGCUGUCGAUCGCCCACGCCCUGUAUGACGGAUGGUCGCUAGGGCUCCUACACGCCGACGUCAACAAAGCGUACGCAGGACGUUUCAAGCCUCGUCCAGGGUACGAGCCCGCUCUUGUUGGAAUUCUGUCAACAUCUGGUUCAGACGCGACAGCCUUUUGGCGCGACUAUCUGUCUGACGCGAAAUCGAGCACUUUCCCACGACGCUCCCGUGCCGAAGCCGAGGAUCAACAGGCUGUCCACCGGAAAGAGCAAGGAAGCAUUAUUGGCCUGCGUGACAUCAUCUCAUUCGCCAGAAAGAACAAUGUCACGCUUCAGACAAUUGGCCAAACAGUGUACGCUUUGGUGCUGGCCUCAUACACUCAGACGCUCGACGUGACCUUUGGGUCAGUACUUUCCGGCCGGGACGACGACGAAAGGGCCAAGAUUCUCUUCCCAACAAUGAACACCGUCGCUAUCCGUACGAUACUCCACGGGAAUCUUCGGGAUAUGCUGCAAUAUGUACAGGAAAAUCUCAUGAACAUCAAACUGUGGCAGCACUUCCCGCUUCGGAAAGCGCUUAGUUUAGCAGGUGUGCAAGGGCCAUUAUUUGAGAGCCUCUUCAUCUACCAGAAGCGCAUGGAGGACGGUCCAGGAGAGGAAGUGACAUUGUAUGAAAGCGUAGAAGGCCAUAGCGAUGUUGAGUAUCCGGUUUGCGUGGAGAUGGAAGUCGUAGGUGGAGAGCUGGUCUGGCGAUGUGCCGUCAAAGAGGUCUUUGACGAAGGAGGAGCGCAAGAGCUGCUGGAUAGGCUGGAUCAGGUACUGGGGAGCGUUAUGGAUCAACCGGAUACUCCGACUAUCGCGUUCACCUCCGAAGGGACAUCAAUUUGCGGUUUACCGGCUUGUAAAAACGAACGGACCGAAGAACCGGAUGGCGAAUCUGAAAGCGAAACGGAGGCAACAACGCGCUUCGAGUCCCCGACGGCUAAGGCUAUCCGCGAAGUGUUGGCCUUCGUCUCCAAAACUCCCAAAGGGGAGAUCACAACUAGCAUGACACUCUUCCAUAUAGGUCUUGAUUCCAUUAGCGCCAUCAAGGUUUCCUCGCUUCUCCGCAAGGGUGGAAUCAUUCUCAGCGUCGGCGAGAUGCUCAAGGCUGGCACUAUUGAGAAGAUGGCGCAAAUGGUGGAGAGACGUGCUCCAAGCCUUGAUGAAGACUCCGACGAUACCACAGCCGUCCUUGAAGAGGCCGUGGUGGGAGUAGGCCGAGCGGAAAUGCUGCGCAAGGCCGGUAUCAACGAGUCGGAUGUUGAGCGGAUUCUACCUGCAUCUGCCGGACAGGCCUACAUGCUUUCGGUGUGGCUCAACUCAGGCGGCGCCCUCUUUUAUCCGGAGUUCACUUACCAAGUCGACGGAGCUGUGUCCUUCGAUACACUGCAUAAGGCAUGGCAAAAGCUUGUGGCCACGAACCCCAUACUCCGUACCGCCUUUGUUGCUACACAGGAGAAGCGCAUCCCCUACGUACAAGUGGUGCUACACAUGACUAAAACGAUAGUGCGGGAAGUCACUCACCGGGAAGGCGAACAGCUAGAGAAGGCCAUGAGUGAACAAGCGUUGAAGCAACCUUAUGCUCACCUCUUCAUCGCCAAAUCAUCCACGGGGUGGUACUUGAGACUAAAGAUCCAUCACGCUCUCUACGACGGCGUCAGUCUCCCUCUCCUAAUGCAGCAGCUGCAAGAUUUCUGCAAGGGCGUAGAUAUCCCCCAAUCUUCCAACACCUUCAGCAAACUCAUAACCACCACCUGUGCCUCGUCGACCCUUGAGAAGCGCAAGGCAUUCUGGAAAAACUACCUGAAGGGGGUUGAGCAACGUCACCUCCGUCAACCCACGUCACCACCAACAUCCAAGAUCGAAAUCUUCAAACCAGGUCUCCUGCCCCACGUCUCCUCGCUCGACACAAUUGCCCGCAAGCACGGCAUAACCACGCAAUCCCUCUUCCUCGCUGUCUACGCAAAGCACUAUGCAGUCCUCACCUCCACGCCCACAGGCCAAGACGUCGUGAUCUGUAUCUACCUGGCCAACCGCUCGCUUCCCAUCCAUGGUAUUGCUCAAGCCGCUAUUCCCACCGUCAACGUCAUUCCUCUACGUGUGUCAGCACCGCGCGAGACGGAUAUUAUCGAUGUUGCUGCUCAGAUACAGUACGAUAUACAGGAGAUUAGCAGCCUGGAAAAUGCUUCAGUCAGCUUGUGGGAGGUAAAAGAGUGGGCGGGUGUGAAGAUCGACACUUUUGUCAAUUUCCUCAAGCUUCCGCAUGCCGAACAGGAGCGAGCGUCCGAUGAUAAUGCUAUCAAAUCCACUCAGACGGGGCAGUGGAGUGAAGAAGUCGGUAAAGUCACGGAGAUGCAGCAUGGCGGAUUUGAAGCUCCAGAGGCGUUCGCGGAUAAGAUUAUGGACGGAGCGUAUCUGCACGCUGUCGACGUCGAAGCUGCGGUUCGGGAUGGUGCAUUGGAUGUUGGAGUCUUUGCUCUUGAGGAGAUGGUCAGUUUAGAUGAGGGCGAGAAGUUGGUGGAGGAUAUUAGAUUGGAGCUGGAGAGUCUAGUCAAGAGCAUGGAAUGA